GAAUUUAAGUCGAAACCCCACGCGUCCGCCGCUCCCACCACCCUCGUCUCUCCCCUCCACUUCGCGAGACCUCCAAAACCCUAGUUUCGUCGGCGAUGGCGGCGGCGGCGGCGGCGGGGGCGGCGGCGGGUGGGGGGUUCGUUGGGGAGAGGAGGAAGCUGUUCGUGGGAGGGAUCCCGACGUCGGCGCAGGAGGCGGAGCUGCGGGGCCACUUCGGGCAGUACGGGGCGGUGAGGUCGGUGAUCGUGAUGCGGGACAAGGAGACCGGGCAUGGCCGGGGGUUCGGGUUCGUGGAGUUCGAGGAGGAGGAGGACGCCGCCAGGGCGCUCGGCGACGGGGAGCACCCCAGGCACCUCAUCUGCGGCCGCGUCGUUGAUGUCAAGAGGGCUAGGGCAAGGCCUCAACGAAACCAUGAUGAUCAAUCUUCACAGCAUCAGCACUUCGGACAGGGUCAGGAUCAGGGUCACCAGCCAGCACCUGUGAGUGGUACAGAGGAUGGCGGCGACGGCAUGAACUAUGCUUCGAAGAAGGUCUUUAUUGGUGGUCUGCGGGACAACAUCACUGAGGAGGAGUUCAAGACAUAUUUCGAGAGUUUUGGCACCGUAACAGAUGUGGUAGUCAUAUAUGACAGUAUGACAAACAGGUCUAGGGGGUUUGGUUUCGUCACCUUUGACUCAGAGGAAGCGGUGAGGAAGGUGAUAGAACACAGUUUUCAUGACUUGAAAGGAACAAGGGUAGAAGCCAAGAUUGCCAUCCCCAAGGAUGCUUCGUAUUACCGUAAUGGCAGAGGUCGUGGCUCAAGAAACUUUGGUGGAAGGGGUCAUGCUGGUUUUGAUGGUCCCUCGUACCAACCAUACAAUGACAGAUAUGGUUUCUACAACAGCUAUAAUAUGCCUCAACCUGUUCCACCACAUCCCUACUAUCCUGGUGUAUAUUAUGGUAUGGGAGGAGGUUAUCCCUAUGCGAAUGCAUAUUCAAACAUGGGAGCCCCUGCUAAUAUUCCUCCAGGCAUGAUGACAAGGCGUCCAGUUUAUGGUGCAUAUCCUCCAAUGUUUCCAGGGUACGGCGUUAUAUAUAGAGGUUAUGUGGGUGCUGCACCCUCUAUUCAGCAUGAUAGUAAUGGUGGGAGCGAUAGCAAAAAGGAUCAAACUUCAGUAGAUGUACAAGAAGUUGACAGUGCUGCUUCCGUUGCAACAAAACUUGAGUUUAUGAAGCUAGGGUCACAAUGACUUUCUGACAGGACAAAUUACUUCUAAAUUGAUGACACCAGAGUUCGACAUUUUGGGAACCCUCAAUUGUGAAGACUUGAGCUGAGAUUCUUUGGUUGACAAGUACAUCAUUGGAAUUCAACUUACCCACCCUCAUUCCUUGCUUCAUCUGCCUGUACACUGAAAACGUGCAAGUUGACCUCACUGCUUCUUGUACCGAUGUUUAAAUUCUUUGUUGAUUUAAUGUACCAGGAUCAGAACAUCCAAUCCUAAUUGCUUGUGCUAUCUCGUUUUUGUGUCACUA